AGCCCAAAACUAAACAUUAAAUAAAUUAUACCAAAGUGUUAGAAUGAUAGUAUGUUAUGAUAUAUUUUCUUUGCUCUACCAGCAUCACCUUCUCGUAUACCAGAGAGGUGUCCUGAACAAGCCACCCACUGUCAACCGGAGAAUUGCUCAGAUCGGGUACCUGCCACAGGUCGUGAGCCGCCGACGAGGAGAUAUAACUGCAGAUGCGAUAAACGCUGCAGUCUAUAUGGCGACUGUUGUGUCGACUACUGGGAUCACUGCGUCAACGAGACGGCUCCUCCAGUGACGAGAUCAGAGUACAUCCCUUUCUUUGAAUGCAUCACUCUAUUGGCGCCCUUUAAAAAAGCCUUAGAGAGUUAUUUUGCUGUUGCAAGAUGUCCUCCCGACUGGCCUCAAGAUGACAUUCGACAGAACUGCGAGGACGAGACACUAGCGAUGUCUCAGAAACUACUGACAUUUCCUGUCACCGGUCCAGACGAGAUAGUCUUCAAGAACGUGUUCUGUACGAUUUGCCAUCACAUACCAGUAUAUCAGCUCGUACCGUGGUCUAUCAGGCUGUGGGACUGUAAAGAUUCAUAUUCGAUGGCCUCGUGUUUUGAGUUUAAAUUAUAUCCUCCACCAUCUCUUAGCAGUGAUUUGCAUCUCUGUUAUACAGACAUUGUCGAUACUUGCCCGCCGAACACUACAGAAUCCCAAAGCACUUUUUGUCAGAAUCAUACCUCUUUAGUUUUUGACAUCGAAGGGGGUCCAGCCUACAAAAAUGUCUACUGUUCACAUUGUCACGGCCUUUCCCAUAGAAAUCUCAAAUGCAAAUUAUUUGGACAAAACCGUCUGGAUCCCCAGUUUUCGAUUCUUCUUCUGUUUGAUUUCACAGAGAGAAGGGUUGUUUCCGAUAUUUCGGGGGAGAGUUUAGGAGACUGCAGCCAAUGGCAGAUAUAUGAUCCAUUCCAAGAUGGAUGCAGAAACCUUAGUUGUCCAGUCGGUAUGACGAUUCAAUCUGGCCGGUGUGUAGAAGCCUUGCUCCCCCGCAGUGCUUGGACCGACGGUAUCACUGGUGACUGUUUCCAACAAUUACUUUCCUCCGGAGGAAUCGCAAACUACACGAGGGAUAACUUUACAACACUUGUGAAGGUUUCCCAGCAAAGCGGUGUGAUGAGCGAGCAGUAUUACGUGAGGCAACAUUUUUCUGUAGCGAAGCGCGUUCAAGACGCUCUCAACAGCUUUGCCGAUGAUGUGUCGACUUCUUAUCCGUGCAAUUCAACCAGACUGAUUCUUGUAGUCUCAUCUCAAGCCAACACCAAGUCAAAGUUUCCUAUCUGCCAAGGCUUCACCCUGCAUGGCGUCCAACUCGGUGAUAUCGACCUCAAUAAUGAUCUCUACGUCACAAAAGAUGGACAUGAGUACAGUGGGUUAGACUUCAUGCACGUUACAGUCUAUGAGUUCGUAUCUGGUAAUGGCAGUAGUAGUAAGGAAACGUACCUCAGGCUGUGUGACCCAUUUGUAGACAAAAAAUGUCCGGUUCUAUCUUUCAACAGAAGUGAGUUUCUUGUUGAAAAGGCUGAUGAUGAUGAUGAUGUCUUUGCUCAUAAGGCUUCUGGGCAGACAUUCCAAGCUGAUGACGUCUGGCAGUUGCCUGAUGGUUCUCUUCGAGUCUGUAACUUUCUCUCUCCAAUCACCCCGGAUAAUUAUCCAGCUUGGAUGACAACUCUGUCAGAUUUCAGUUUUGCAGGUAGUGGGCUUUCUCUCGUCUGCUUGAUCCUAGCCUUUGCCACUUAUGUUGUGUUCCCGGCUGUGCGAAAUCAGCCUGGAAAAAUCAUCAUGAAUCUGAUGGUGGCGCUAAUUCUGGCCCAAGUCUCCCUAAUGAUUGGCAAGAUGUCCACACACUGGCUGUGCGUCUUGAGGGCAACAAGUCUGCAUUUCUCCUGGCUUGCCACCUUUUCGUGGAUGAGUGUCUUGGCUACUGACUUGGCACUAAACAUCCAGUCCAAAACGGUGCCACGACGGCGAGAUGAAUCAAACAAUUCUAAGGUCUUGAAGCUCGGUCUAGUUGCCUGGGGUCUCCCCGCUGUCUUUGUAUCUGUCUGCUUCUUGGUAUCUAAGAUGGGUCCGCAUCAGUCCCGGGUGUGGCUUGAGUACGGUGGAAGCAGCUGUUGGAUCGCGGACCCUCUGCAUUCCUUGUUUGUCUUCGGUAUUCCUGUUGCUGUGCUUCUAACGGUCAACUGCGUGCUGCUUGCAUAUAUGAUCUAUGCCGUCUUGUCAAAUCGCAAGAGACUGGUUGCUCUACAGAUGGCAAGAAGUGCAAGAAACGAUCUGCUGUUGUGUUCCAAGCUCGUGAUGGUGACUGGGGCGACCUGGUCGCUUUUGUUUGCCGCCAAUGUAGCCAAGAGCGCAGAAUUCUGGUACGUCGCAGUCUUGGUCAACUCCCUGCAGGGCGCCCUCAUCGGCCUGAUGUUCCUACUGAAGGGCAGCGUGAGAAGACUGUGGCAGGAAAAACUACAGAAUUACUGGAGUAAACACUGCGUCUGUUGCCGCUCUCGCAAACCCGGGGAAUCAAGUCGGCCAACAUCAGCGACGUCUCGAGAUCAACCAGCUACGUCAAGUGGUAGGCGUCUACGAUCCAACAUCGUAGUUCCACUAAAUGUCCAUGAUCAGGUAAAUGGCAAUGUUGAUUUGCUGGCAUCCUCCACUAAUCCAGGCAACCGAGAUUAGAAACAACAGUUUAAGUUAAAGCAGUGUACAUGGGCGUCACCAGGAUUUUUUCUAGGGGGGAAGCACAUUUCCCCAAAACAUCCUUGUUCUUUCUCUUGCAUGUUCUCAAUUUACCAUUUUUUCGAGG